ACCAGGGGAUUCAGCAAAAACAAGUCACACACACCAGUCAAUCUAGUCUUUCUGAAAUUGCAAGCGAGCAAGCCUCAAAACUCCUCAGUCGAUCUUCCUGGAGUAAGAGGCCUGUCAUCACAUUCUGUUCGAGCUGCCACUGACCACUGGCACAGGAUGUCACAGGGACGAUUUGUCUUUUCCCCUUCCGCUUUGCGCUCACUGGAGAGGGACAAGGAGCUGCUGGAGAGGGAACAAAGCCAGAGACGUCUGGCAGCUCCUGCAGUUACCAGCUACUUUCUGAGAAAGGAAGUGAGAGAGAAAAGCAUAGCAUGGAGUCACGGAUCUCCUCAGCGCCCUGCUUUGAUAUGCAAAGACCUAGUUGUCCAGAAUGCCCUGUAUACGGGGGACCUGGAGGCUCUGCGUCAACUGUUCCCCAAAGGAGCACCGGUCAAUCUGGUUAUUCAGCCUGAAGGAGGAGACAUGAUCUGGGUGAACAAGGGUGGACUUUGGUCUCUCGCCUACGAGCAGGAGCUCACCACACCCCUGCACAUCACAGCCGGCCGUGGCUUCACUGAGUGCUUGAGGCUCUUGCUCCUGAGAGGUGCUAAUGUUGACCUGGCACCAGGCGGCACCACUGCUCUGCACGAGGCCUGUGAGGAGUGCCAGGGCGAGUGUGCCAAGCUGCUGUUGUCAUAUGGUGCUAACGCCAAUGCGGUGAAUGAGGAUGGUCUCAUGCCCUUACACGUCUGCACAGAGCUGGAAUCCAUUGAAUGUGCUAAACACCUACUCCAGUUUGGAGCUGCUGUGAAUGGCCGAAGCCUGGAGGAGGAUGACAGUCCUCUCCAUGUGGCCUGCCGCCACGGCCUGCCUGACCACGUCAGCCUCUACCUGCGCUACGGGGCCCACCUGGAGCAUCACAACGAUGAGGGCAAGAGCCCGCUCAACGCCGCCUGUUCUCAGCCACAGGAGAAGGCUACUCUGGGCCGCUACUACCAGGUGUGCCAGCAACUGGUGGAUGCCGGGGCCAAGGUGGGCACAGAGGACCUGCAGCACCAGACGCCGCUGCACAUGUCCUGCAAGAACGUGAACCCGGACGUGGUGGACCUCAUGCUGAAAAACGGGGCCCACGUCAAUGACAUGUGCUACGGGGGCAACGCGCCCAUGCACAACGUGCUGAAAGAGGUGGCCUACAAGCCAGAGCAUGAGCCAGAGAGAGUGGUGCAAGCGCUGCUAAACUACGGAUCAAUACGAGUCUGGCCAGGAGCACUGCCCCAGGUUUUGAAAUACUGUUGCACUUCUCCUCGUGUCAUUGAGGUUCUCUUGAAUGCCUAUGACCGCCUCAAAAUCACAGAAGCCUGGGUGGAGGCUGUGCCACCCGAAGUAUUCAAGCAACACCAAGGUUUCUAUGAGUCAGUGUUCGCUCUGACCCAAACACCUCGGUCACUGCAGCAUUUGGCUCGCUUCAAACUACGGAACUAUCUUGAGGGACGCCUGACAAAGGUGGUACCCAAACUCGACCUCCCCAACUUCUUGAAGAAAUACCUUCUGCUGGAUUUCAGAGACUACGUCCACUGAGGGCAGGUGUUUGUAACGCCUCGCUGCCCUUAUAUCCUGUAUAUAUGGUUGAACAUUGUGUCUUUCCACAUCUGUAUAAUCUGGGUAUAGGUUCACAUGAAAGCUGUUUCUGUCUUUAGUUUCUAUGCCAGACUGUAACUGUACAUAAUUGCACAUCAUUAUCUAAUGCUUGCAAUACUGAGUUGAAGGUUAUUUGCAAGAAAAGUGUGUUGUGUCCACUCUAUAAAGCAGAGUGGUCUUUUAAUUUGGCCACAGACGUGACUGCUCAUGGAUUUUGCCAGAGAAUGCAAUACUAUGAAAUAUGUAUAUAAUGGUUACACUAUACAAUGAAAGUGACAUGUUUUAAUGUA